UCAACAUGGCGGACGAUGUUUACAAAUGACAUUCAUUGUAUUGAAUCCAAAUUUUGGACUAUUAAAACGGACUUAUCUAAAAAGAAUUUUUACUCUGCGUGUACUUAAAGAGUCAAUUUUGCAGUAGGAGACAAAAUUAAGCUUAAUUUGUGUUCAAAUUCCGCGACAUUGGUAUUGAAAAACUUGGAGGUUUACAUUUUUGUUGUCUGUGGUUGGACUUCUUGGACAAGUUGAUCUUUUAAAAGCUAUGUCUACUGUUGCAGCCACAAGUCCUUUGAGAGAGGAAACUCUAGGAAAGACGCCACGAAAGCUAAAACAAACGAAAACACCAAGUUCACCUUGUGUACUUCCAAUUCUCGAUGGAAAAUCUUCAAACGAAAAGGACCAUGCAGUUGAAAAAUACGACGACUCUCAAGCAGUCGAAGCUCUCGACAGAGAUCAGACUUUUAUUACUUCUGGAAAGGACUUUAUCCCUAUGGAUAUUUUAAACAGCUUGACUCAAGUUCCUACUCCACCGACUAGAGAACAACUUGGACCGGGUUCAAAGUAUAAGAAACUAAGGCCUUUAGAGAGUGGUGUUGCUCCAUCUCGUAGAAGACCUGCAAAUGUUUGGAACUACCCUAAAGGAAGAGAAAAACUAAAGCAUUUAACAGAACAGCCGCCAUGCCUCUGUGGAGCAGGAAGGGACAUAUCUUUUCUUUAUGAUGCAGUAAGCCAUACUUGUAAGGACAAAAAAGAGUCCCCACCAGAUGCAGCAGCAAAAGUUACUAAACUACCUGCAUCAGUUGAAAAACAAAUUAGGGAGAUUGAGUCAGGGGGGAAAGAUGUGCCAGAGGAGGAUGAAGAUGCCAGUGCUGAAAAACAGCAAGUAGGAAAAUCUCAAAUCCCAAACACCCUGGUGCCAUCAGAAUACCAUAUUGUGAAAAACCCAGGAGUACUGGGGUUGGAAUUCUAUGAUGAUAAGUACUCAACCUACGUGAAUGACCACGAGAAGCACCUUACUAUCUUCCCCUCAAUGAAACCAGCAGGAAGAGGUGAAGUACUAAAACUCAAGCAUACUAUGGAUUCGUUACUGUCUCGUGCAGGAGUUGAUGACAUGGAUAAAGAAUUAACAGGACCCACACAGAUUCACAAUCUUCUUGAGCUGGUUAAGAAAGAGCAAAACAUCUACAACSUUUGCUUCAAUGAAAUCAUAAGACAGGUCACGAUAGAAUGCGCCGAGAGAGGUGAACUCUUGGCCAACGUUAGAAAAAGAUACAGUGAUUUACUGGAUCGUGUACCAAGACAAGUCAAAAGCUUGCAUCAAGAAGUUAUUGCCCAAAGAGCUCUUGACAGGCGGUUAACUGAAGAACUGGUUCGAUUCAAGGCAUCAAUAAGUACACUGACAAGCGAAUUGGCAUCAGUCAAGGCUCAUGACAGAGAAGUCACAAAACAAGCUAUUGAAGCACAGAAAGAGCUUGAAGAAGCUUUACUUGAAUCAGAAAAGAAUGCCAGUCUUUUGACAGAAUAUCACGAUCUGUAUGAAUUACAACGUAAAAGGCUUGAGACGCAAGUUGGCAAGUUGACAGAAGAGCGGGACCUGUGGGGAAGCGCAGCCUACACACUAGCUAUGAAAGUUACCAAAAGACACUCAUUAAACACAGCCAAAACACUGCAUCUGUCUGAGAAGGCCUGGGCACGACUAGCAAGGCAUUUCACUAUCUUCUUGAGUGAAAAGGAUAGCAUACAGCUCGAAGCUCUAACGGGGCAUGUACAGCUUUGGCGGGAAACCGCAAAUCGUUAUAACAAGCAACUUGAGGUAUCGGAAGAAGAAACUAAAACAAAGUUGAAUAGAUUGGUUGAUCAAUGGACGCGAUGGAAAAAAGAAUUCGAAAAAGUAGUCAACUAUGACGACGGAAGUGUGACUCCACCUACCCGCCAAUUUGUAACCAGACUGCGUGAAGACCUCAGAGGCUGGGAGGAGAUAUUCAACGAAGAGGCUGAACGAUUCACUGGGGAUGUUCUCCUGGCGCGAGAAGAAGAGCUGCAUCAAAUGAAUAAACAAGUUGASAAAUGGACUGAUGUUGCUAUGAAGGUGUUUGGUCGCCAUCAGACGUUAGCAGGUGAGCGAUGGCCGCAGCAUGAAGAGAUGCUAACGUUAAACCAAGAAGUAGAUUUACUCCAUCAACAAUUCCAUGUGCGUACCAUCGGAGAAAAUGGUGUCGCGAAGGGAUUAAUUGACCUUGUUAAUCCCAUCGAGACAUGGAGCAAUAAGUUAGACUCCAUGCUUCAUGGUGGUGAAGUGAUACACGACCCCGAAUGGAUACGAUUGUGUGAUCUAAUAAGUAACGAAUGGCUGGAACACCUCAAUGCUACCAUAAUCCUGAUUGGAUCCACUCAAAAAGAAGGCGCGCGGCUGGCUGGUGAAGUAGAGAAUAAGAUAGAAGUCAAAGAGAUUGUUCUUAGAAUUGCUAAAUGGCUGUCUACUACGAAUAAUGGCAUUGAUAAUGAAGAUGGCAAGAUUAUACAGAAAGCAUCCCUUAUUCACAGCGCCAUGAUACGAUGGAUGAUCACAGUUCUCCUCCGCCUCGCACCAGACAUGGAAGACAAAGACCUCGAACAACUAGGUGUGGUUGAUGACAAACUCAGCGUGGACUCCUCUAUCGGUGGAGGAGAAAUUCUACUCCAAUCAACCACAGAAGAAAUCAUGACUCGAGCCAAUCAACUGUUCGAAGAGUUAAACACUUUCUCGAUGGAGCUUACGAAAUGCUGUACUGAUUUGGUUGUCGAUUCAAUGCAGGAAAGACGAGAUGAAGGAGACGAACACGCUGACAUGGAGUUCAAAGACCUUAAACGACUUACCACUGAGUUCCAAAGCUGGACACACACAGCCAAGCUACUGAUUGAGGAAGUGACUGGAGAAGAUUAUAUAGAAGAAGAGAAACCUAAGAAAACUAAAAAGGAGAAGGACGGGGGAUCGACCACACCGGACACUGAUAUUGUCCUGUCUGUUGAGCCACCUGAAGACGGCAAAGCCUCAGCCGUACAAUCAGACGACGGAAGAGCAACUAAAUCAGACAGUGACAAACCUACUGUCCCCACCCCUAAAGGGACGCCAACUCCCGAACCCACUAAGAUGCCCACCACACCGGAACCACGUCCAGCCGAUACUGAUCGGCCUCCCUCGGGGGUCCAAGAGGAAGGAGACAAAACACGGGAGGAGGACGAAGAGAAAGAAAAGAAUGAAGACGAGAAUGAUGAGGGAUCUAAGAUGCAUGUCCUUUGUCAUGAUGAUAAUAUUCGAACUAAGUCUCUUGAUAACCUACCUAUUGAUCAGGAGAUGGGAUCUCUUGAUGUCCAAGGAAGCGAAGCGUUACCUGAUCGAUCUCCUACACCUGAUACUAAGAAAGCCUUAGAAGCUUUGGCAGCAGUUGAAAGACUUCAAACACAGCUCUUAGAAACCGAAGAGCGUGCUCAGGCAGCUGAAGAAAAAGCAAUUCAAACAGAAACUGAACUGAAACAAGCUCUUGAACGAAUCCGCGCACUGGAAAGAUCUGCAUCACGAGCGAGUGCCAAUAGUACGCUCUCCGCUGGUCACCAGACUCCUUCAGAUCGACCAAUCAGCAGUAAGGAUUCGAAACGUCCCGGUAACCAGACUUCAACGGGGCACUCACGUUCCCCGUCCCAGCAGUCAGUGCGGGGAUCAACAAGAUCCUCGUCUCGAAAAAAGUGAAUUGUCCGUAAAUUAAAACGGCGAAUCGUCGUUCUGCAUCUUCCUUUAUUGUUAGCGAAGAAACCGCACCUCUGUAAAUGAUUUUUAACGUUAAAGUACUUGAGUAUAAA